AUGUCUGGCACUGAGUCUACUGAGAAGCCUCUGGAGGCUGCUGCUACUCCUUCAACAAUUGGUACUGCUGCUCAGGAAUCUUCCAAUGCUACUCCAGCAUCAUCAACUGCUGGUGCUACUACAUCAGCCAAUUCUACUUCAAAUACCGAUACAACAGCUACUGGGACUGAUUCUGCCGCUGCUGGUGGUGCUAAAUUGAGUGCCAAGGAACUGAAAGCUUUAAAGAAGAAAGAGAAACAAGCCAAGAGAGCUGCUCAAAAAGAGGCAUCUGGUCUUCCUCCACGAAGCGAUGCCGGUGCUGCUAAGAGUAACACCUCGACUCCAAACCUCGCUCCUGUAGGAUCUAAUCAAGGAACUCCUCGUCAAAGUCAUCAAUCUCACAAUACUGGAUCAAACACUUCGAAUACUAGUAGCGGUGCAUCAGGUCAAAGCUCGGGAUCAGGAGCUAAUAAGGGUGAUCAAGCUCCUCUUACUGUAGCCCAGUCUAUUGAAUCGAAUUUACCACUCUUUGCCCAUUUAGAACCAUCGGUCCCUCUCAACAAAGCAAUUGCAUCGUUCCCAUCGGCACAUGUGCACCAUUCGAUACUUCAGCUUUAUUUACAGUACUCUACUUAUAAAAUUAUCGGAUCCACAGCCAGAUGUAGAGCCAUGCUAGAAGCUUUCAAAGAUGUCAUCUCCGACUAUGUAACUCCCGAAGGCACGACCCUUACCAGAAAUCUUACCUCUCAACUCAGCAUUCAAAUCGAUUUUCUUAAACAGGCCCGUCAAUUGAGCAUUCCAAUGGGCAACUCGAUUCGAUGGCUCAAACAAGAAAUCUCCAAAGUAAGCAUAGACCUGACGGAGCAGGCUGCCAAGGAAGAGCUUAUUGAAUCGAUUUCGAAUUUCAUCCGCGACAGACUAGACGUAGCUGAUCAAGUCAUUAUGGAAAGUGCUGCUCAGUCUAUCAAUGAUGGUGAUGUCAUUCUCACAUAUGCCUGUUCCAACGUCGUCAAACAGGCUCUUAUUGCUGCUCAGAAGAGUAAUAAGAAGUUCCGAGUCAUUGUUGUCGAUUCGCGACCACUAUUUGAGGGCAAAGCUCUAGCAAAAGAGCUGGUUGAGAACGGUAUUCAUUGUACUUAUGUCCUUAUUAAUGCAUUGCCAUAUGUAAUUCAGGAUGUGACUACCGUGUUCCUCGGUGCCAAUGCCAUGUUUUCCAACGGACAAUUGUAUUCACGAGUAGGAACAGCAGCCAUUGCAACUUCAGCCCAGUCUCAUAACAUUCCUGUUAUCGUGCUGUGUGAAACAAUCAAAUUCAGUGACCGAGUGCAAUUGGACUCUGUCGCUUAUAACGAGCGAGCAGCCGCCAACUCAUUACUGUCUAACAUUUCCAUCGACCCUGAGAACAAUGUCAUUGCAUCACCCAUCAAAGACACCAUCCAACCUACCAACCCACUGUCCAUCCUCAACAUCCUCUACGACCUCACCCACCAGAGUGCCAUCAAAAAGGUCAUCACCGAAGUGGGCUCUCUCCCUGCCAGCUCUGUACCUGUCAUCCUUCGUGAGUACAGAGCCACAUAG